CAGCCAUGACUCUUGAGACAUUCAAGUUCUGACUCUAGAGAAUGACUACAUCGCAAGAACAGUCAGUUCGAAGAACUAUACAUUCAAAAAAAUGCUGGGAUCUUCUUUUUCAUCCGCAGAUAAGCUUUACAGAUCUAUUUAUACUUUCUUACAGUGAACCCAAAUUCAAAAACGAAUACCUCAACCCUAAUCGAAAUCAGUUCAUCGAAAUGGCAAACAAAGCAAUCCUAAAGAGUACCAAGCAACGAGAAAAUAUUUGCAGCCGACUACAGAAGUUCUAUGAGGACCUCAAUGACGACCCAGUUUUCACUGCGAAGGUGAUCGAGUACAACGCCAAUCAGUUUGCUAAACUCUCAGCAGAAAACACCGUGAGCUCACUCAUGAAUAUAGAUGGAAAGAUCAUUGAUGAACUCGACUUCAAGGGGUUCUUCAGCACAGAGUGGGUGCAUCGAGCUAGCCGCGAACUGUGACUGACAUA